AUGGGGGAUGGGGGUGCGACAAAGGCGGAAUUAGCCCGGCUAGCACAAGAUGUGGGUGCAGCGGUGGCACCCGGAGUCAUUACUACUUGUUGCUGGUGGAGGAGGGAUGCCGGUCGCCGGAUCUGCAGGCCUCUGCAUCCUGGAGCUGGACCCCCGAAGAAAGAACCCAUUUCCUCUUUCUCGUUGGGUUGUAGCCUCGCCGCAGUUGAGUUGAGGGGUUUAGGCAAGAGUUUCUUUGACAUAAUGAGUGGGAUGGAGGCUGCUUUAGCAUCUGGAGUGUUGAAGGUUGCAGGUGACAAGCUAGUUUCACUGUUAGCCACUGAGUUUGCUGCCAUAACCGGUGUACAAAGGGAUCUCUCCGAGCUCCAGGAGAUACACGCAGAGAUUACAGGCUGGCUGUCGGCAGUACGUGACAGAGCAAUACAGAGUGAGCCACAGUCUCUCUGGGUUGUAAAAUUGAAAGAUGUGGCUUAUGACAUUGACGAUGUACUACAAGAAGUCCAGCUAGAAGCUGAGAAACAGAAGAUGGAAAGAGAUGAUGACAAGAGUGCUAUAGCUGGCUGCUUCUGUGCAAAACCAAAGGCAUUUGCAUUCCGAUACAAGAUGGCUCAUAAGAUCAAGGCAAUCAAGGUGAGAUUUGCUGCAAUCGUCAAGCAAAGAAGUGAUGUCAAUACUUUAGUUCCAAGGGAUCAACAUGUUGGUACUAGCUACAGGACAGUUGGAAAAAUGUACUGGUUGAGCGAGGUUCUGAGUCCAAAUACCCGGGGUUCAGGCAAAACUACUUUGGCCAAACACAUUUGCCAUGACGUCAAGAUAAAGGAGCACUUCGGAGAUGGAAUAUUCUGGGUCCAUGUGUCUCAAGAGUUUGAUUUUGAGAAGCUCAUCGGCAAGCUAUUUCAAACAAUUGUUGGAGAUAAGUCAGAUAGUCAUCCCCCGCAGCACAUGGCCCAAAAAAUCUCCGAGAAGUUGAGCAAUAAGAAGUUUCUUCUUAUCCUUGAUGAUGCUUGGCAUGAGGACAGACAUGACUGGGCACAGUUCAUGGUGCAGCUAAAAUGUGGUGCACCUGAAACAAGGAUUAUGUUAACCACUCGUGAUCGAAAGGUUGCAGAAGCUGUGGAAUCAAGAUAUAUAUUUGAUUUGGCAUUCUUAUCAGAGUCUGAGAGUUGGAACUUAUUCCUGAAGGGUUCUGGAUGGGCAGAGCAAGAUUUGAGCUCCGAUUAUGUACAAGUCGGAAAAGAGAUUAUCAAGGGAUGUGGUGGGGUGCCGCUAGCAAUUCAAACUCUUGGAGCAGUCCUUCGUGACAAGAAGCAAAUAAGUACGUGGAGGGCCAUAAGAGAUAAUAAUUUAUGGAAUGUUCCGAGGAUAAAUGACAGAGUGUUUGCAUCCUUGAAGUUGAGCUAUAUUCACUUGGCAGAUGAACUGAAGCAGUGCUUUACAUUUUGCUCCAUAUUCCCGAAGGGCUAUGAAAUCCAGAAAGAUCGUUUGAUUGCCCAAUGGAUAGCUCAUGGAUUCAUCAAUGCAAUGAAUGGAGAGCAACCUGAAGAUAUCGGAAGAGACUACUUAGAUUCUCUUGUAAAAGUCAGGUUUCUUCAGGAAGCUUAUGGGAGCUGGAAUACUGAUAUAUACAACAUGCACGAUUUGAUCCAUGAUCUCACUCGACAGAUACUAAAGGAUGAACUGGUGACUUGUGUGCCAAUUCAUACAACAGAAGAAUUUACUCAUAGAUAUAGAUAUUUAUCUUUGACUUCAUUCACUGAGAAUGUUGACAAGGGCUUAUUUGACAAGGUCCGUGCUCUAUAUAUCUCUGACAGUAAGCCAUCUUUUGAUACCACAGUGAAGAAUAGUUGUUGUAUGCGCAGUGUUGUUUUGGACUAUGCAAUUGAUACUCCGUUUUCACUAUUCAUAUUAAAGUUUGAGUAUCUUGGGUAUCUUGAAAUCCACAAUGUUAGUUUUACAACAGUUCCAGAAGCUAUCUCGAGGUUUUGGAACUUGCAGUCACUCCAUUUUGUUAACUGCAAAGGUUUUGUGACAUUACCUGAGUCUGUUGGAAAGCUUCGGAAGCUAAGGACUCUAGAGUUGCGUUACAUUACUGAUCUUGAGAGUUUGCCUCAGUCCAUUGGUGACUUUUAUGUUCUUCAGUCCUUGCAACUAUAUGCCUGCACGAAGCUCCGAGAGAUACCAAGCUCUCUAGGUAGAAUUGGAAACCUAUGUGUACUUGAUAUAGAGCGUUGUUCAUCUCUGCAACAACUACCGUCAGACAUCAUUGGGGAGUUCAAAAACUUGCGAACUAUCAACUUUAAUGAUUGUACGGGUUUGCAAGACCUGCCAAGCACAUUAUCCUGUCAUACAUUGCGUACUCUGAACCUUUCUGGAACCAAAGUUACCAUGCUACCUCAAUGGGUUACAUCGAUUGAUACUCUAGAAUGUAUUGACCUUGAGAGAUGCGAGGAGCUACGGGAGUUGCCUAAGGGCAUAGCAAACUUGAAAAGGCUUGCAGUUUUGAACAUAGACGGUUGUAGUAAACUGUGCUGCUUACCAUCAGGAUUGGGACAGCUGACCCGUUUAAGAAAGCUGGGAUUGUUUGUUGUUGGGUGUGGUGCAGAUGAUGCGAGGAUCUCAGAGCUAGAAAACCUUGAUAUGAUAGGUGGUCGCUUGGAAAUUACCAACCUUAAGUAUUUGAAGAAUCCAAGUGAUGCAGAGAAGGCUUGCUUGAAGCGGAAUAGUAACAUACGACAUUUGGUGCUGAACUGGUCUUUAAGUGAUACCGAAGAAGAGUUGGUAUCAGAUAUGGAACAUGAUUGGGGUGUGCUGAACGCUCUUGAACCACCAUCGCAAAUUGAGGACUUUUAUAUCUAUGGUUACAGGGCCCCCUGCUUGCCAGGAUGGAUGAUGAAGCAAAAUGAUUCUUCAUAUUGUGAAGGUGGCAUAAUGCUGAAGCAAACUACUGCAUCCCAUUUCCUUCGUUUAACUCGGUUAGUGCUGAAAAGAUUUCCAAACUUGAGGCAUAUGAGAGGAUUUGUUGAGUUGCCUUCGCUGAAGGACCUUGUGCUGGACGAAAUGCCUAAUUUAGAGGAGCUGUGGACUACAUCAAGUGGUUUUGAAACUGGGGAGAAAGAAUUGGCAGCACAAUAUCCUUUCCCUGUCCUGUCCAGUCUAUGCAUACGUGGGUGCCCGAAAUUAAAUGGGAGCCCCUACUUUCCACCAUCGUUGGAGCAUAUGUCUUUAAACAGAAGCAAUGUGCAGCUGCUAUCCACAGGAAGGUUCUCCCAUCAGCUGCCCAGCAUGCAUGCGUUGGUCCCUCGCCUCAAGAAGCUAGUGCUAAUCGAAGUUAUAGGAUCAUCAUCUGGCUGGGAACUGCUGCAGCACCUCACUAAGCUGAAAGAGUUGUGUAUUUACAGGUGCAAUGACCUGGCACAGUUACCAGAGAGCAUGCGGAACCUCACCUCUCUCGAGCGUCUCUGCAUCAGCGGAUGCCCCGCCGUUGGCACGUUGCCUGACUGGCUUGGAGAACUGCAUUCUCUGCGACACCUUGAACUGAGUAUGGGCGAUUUGAAGCAGUUCCCAGAGGCGAUUCAGCACCUCACCUCGCUUGAACGUCUCAACAUGUUAUCAGGUCCUGCACUGACGGUGCUGCCGGAGUGGAUUGGACAACUCUCUGCGCUUCGUGAGCUUUAUCUCCAGCAUUCCCCUGCCCUUCAAUACUUGCCCCAGUCCAUACAACGCCUAACUGCUCUCGAGAAAUUGUUCAUUAAUGGUUGCCCUGGUUUGGCGGCGCGUUACAAGCCAGGGGCAGGGCCUGACUGGCACCUUGUCAGUCACAUUCGUUGUGUGGAUUUUUGGGAUUUGGAGGGAUAG